GCUGUGACAAUUAGAAUGACAGCAUCCACAAUGCAGCAUCUGCCUGAUGUAGUCAUUGUUCUUGAAAAUUUCAUAUGAACUCUUUGGCAGGGAUUGCGGUCCUUGACCCUGAAGUUUGUCCAGUUUUUACUAAGAAGUAUGAUUAUUUGUUGUACUUAAUAUAUGCUUUCUGAAAUUUUCAACAGUUCUCAGGCCUUAUUGGAUGUAGGGAGGGUUCUUGUAAGCACUUCCUGCACUGGCUGGUGCUGACGAGAUUAGCGCAGGAGGCUGUAGGAACAGGUCCAGCGCACGCGCGGGGAGUCGCGCCGCGGCCGGCGAGUUAGCCGACCGGCCGACACUCAGUACUCGGUUCGCCUUGCCGCAACCAACUAGCGUUGGUGAGACCUUGCGAUCAAUCCUCAAAAAAUUUCGCACGUGAGUUCCAUUUGCUGCUUGUUUUUGUGAUAGUGUCGGGUGUGAAGUUCUGUAUAGCUAUUGACGGGAUUUAUCAUUUGUUAAGAAAAUACCUAGGGUGUGUCGGUCGAGUGGCGCGGUGCGAGGGUGUGAUGCGAGGGGGGCGGGGCCCGCGCAGGCGCCGGUAGCGACCAUGCGGAGACCGCGCGUCGCACGAGUCGUCGCAUGGUUUUUUGCAAUCGCCGCUACUCUCUCUAUUACGACUGCCUCUAGUGUUAUCAAGGGUCAGCGUGCACCGUGCUCCAACGAAGGAGAGCCCGUAAGACUUCAGGACGCACGGCUCGAACACGAUUGGAGCAGCUGUUUCCGUUGUAUUUGCAAGAACGGCUUCGUGGAGUGCCGAAAAGGCGUCGAAGAGUGCGGUCUAAUGGAAGAUUGUGCGGUUGUGAUGCCUCGUGAGGGCUGCUGCGCCCGCUGCAAGGGAUGCUGGUACAAUGGCACAGACUACGCCUCUCAUACAGAAUGGGGAGACAGCGGCAAGCUGUACAGAUGUGAAGCUGGAGUCGUCACCAUCUCCCGGCCAGAAUGUUAUGCGCCGUGCGAUAAUCCGAAACACCAACGACACUAUAAUUGCCCUGUUUGUGAUGAAUGUGUUAUAAACGGCCAGCGAGUCUGGGAAGGUCGGGAUGUUCGGAUCCCAGAGGAACCGUGCUUGUCUUGUCGAUGUGUGCGAGGUUCGCUGUCGUGUACCAAGCGUGCGUGUCCAGUGCUGCCUUGUGCGAAGGCCCAACAGUUCACACCAGUUGGGGAAUGCUGUCCAAGAUGCUCACACCCAACAGCUGAUAAGAUACUACCAAUUUCAGGAAGCUCGCUACCAAAGCCGUGUAUAAUCGGCAAGGAGUAUCACGCGCACAUGAGCCAAUUCCAAGUAGACCCGUGCACUGACUGCACGUGCAUCAACGGGACCGCCGUGUGCGCACGUCACACGUGUCCCGUGUUGACGUGCACGCGUGCGCUGCCCCCCCCACCGGGCAAGUGUUGCCCGGAAUGCCCCAACGUCGAGGAGGCUAAGGCCGCUUGUAUUGUGGCGGGAAAGACUUAUCAGGAAGGAGAUACGUGGCAACUAGAUGCCUGCAAGUCCUGUGAAUGUCACGGUGGUGAACCCAGAUGUGCCAUGGAAAGAUGUCCAACGCUCUCUUGUACCCCAGACCAAACACUUCGACAGUCUCCCGGCCAAUGUUGCCCAAAAUGUGUCGACAUAGACGGAAUAUGUACAGUUUUCGGCGACCCACACUACAAGACAUUCGAUGGAAAGUUUUAUAGUUUUCAAGGGUCGUGCAAAUAUCAACUAGUCUCAGAUUGUAAGAAUCACACAUUCUCCAUAAGGAUAUCGAACGACGCCAGAAAUACCUCACAUUCCUCUUGGACACGCACCGCAACACUUCGCAUUGGUUCCACUAAAAUAAACAUGGGACGAAAAAUGCGUAUAAAAGUUAACGGCCAAAGGAUAGCCUUGCCUCAUAUUAUAAAAGGCAUCGCCGAAAUUAGCCGCAGCAACGGUUCAGUCGUGCUCAAGUCUGAUAUAGGCCUACAGAUGGUGUGGGACGGGGAAGGGUUUCUGGAAGUGACAGUUUCGAGCUCGUAUAAAGGUCAGCUGUGCGGUCUCUGCGGUAACUUUAAUUCCGUGGCGAGAGAUGACAUGAGGACACGUGACGGCAGGCUGAUAAACGAUACAUGGAGAUUCGGUACUUCGUGGCGAGUGGGCGGUCACAGGGCGUGUACGAGGCGUCAGGAACGUCCCGGUCUGAACACGCGGUGCAAAGCGUCGAAGCUGAGUAAAGUGCGUCGUCUGUGUCGGGCCUUCGACCAUCACGAAUCUUUUUCCGAAUGCGGUGCGAAAGUGAACCCGCAUAAUUACAAGGAGGCGUGCCUAUUAGAUGCGUGCAGUUGCACAGGUGUUCGGUGCCAUUGCGCCGCAUACAGGGCGUACGCGAGGGAAUGCACCCGCAUCGGAGCCGAACCUCAUAACUGGUUGCAGGCCGCGUGGUGUGACCCCGCCGGUUCCCAACCGGCCUGGCUCCUUCGCGGACGGAAAGGCUUCGGCCGAGCUGUCAAGUCGAAAGAGCACAGCUUACCAAACUUGAGCGCCAUACCGAGGCGGAAUAAUAGUCGCGCGAGGCCGCCACCACUGCAUUUAAGACGAUAAUGUCACUAGUCAAAACUGCCAGUGUGGCUAUGUUAGCUUGUUGCUUGCGCUUCAACGCUGCAGCUCAAAGCUGCAACGCCGAAGAGGAAUGGAAUGAAGAUCUUACUUAACAGUAUUCAUAAACUACUUAUAGUUAGAAAAUAAAGCAUAGGUAAUAAUUGUACCACCUAUAGCUCAAUAUAACCUCGCCAAACCAGCUUACAUUCCUAUUCACUACACAUAUUUUUGCUGGUCCAAAUCAAUGGCGAAUAUUUAAAAUAUGUGAUAUUAGCUUUUGAUUCAUGAUUUAAAUAGUUCAAAACGAGAUCUCCUAGGUAGUGUUCAAAAUAGAUAUAGAUGUUUAAAGACGCUAUGGGGCUGCGCAAAUCUACCUAUAAUGUGUUAAUGGAGUCUUAAUUCAGCAUCGAAGUUACGAUAAUCAAAUAUGCCAGAUUACAUAUUUGAUUAUGAACGUAUCUAUAUUUUAAUAGAGUGUAGAUAAAUGUCAACUGUCAAUAGACGUCUUAAAUUAGGCAUUGACAUUUGACAGCUAGACUUAUAACAAUGUCUAUGGUUUCGUGUGUGCUAUGAUCUAUAAUCGAUAUUAAUUCGAUAUUUGUUUUAUUGACGAAGUCAUUUCGUAGCGACUAAUAAAUUUCGGGUAGAGUAAAAAUGUAACCAAAAUAAAACGUGCUCUAUGUAUUUGAAUAGUUAAACCGAACCAAAGGUUAAUGACCUGUUUGUUAACAUUUCUACAUUCUAUUGGAAUAAACGAGUUGCGUAUUAAAGAUUUAGACGUAAUAAUUUUUAUGGCCUACUGUGUAUACGUGUUAAAUAAAAAUAUAGCUUUGAGGUUUUAAAGUACCUAUUUAUAGCUGUUAAUAAACUAUAGAUACUAACCAGUUUCAAAUUAUUUAUCUAAUUUCACGUCGGUUAUUAAAAAAUACCAAAAAUGACUCUUCGAAGACUUAAAUUAGACUAUGUUACCAAUGAAUUUUUACUGACUUUUGAAAUGUAGUUUUAAAUCUGCUAUUCACUUUCAUGGUUCAAAUUCCUAUUCCAUUUUUGAAUGAAACGCAUAAUUUAUUAAUUAAAACUAAAUCAGUUUUAUAUCACUGUUUUAACAAAAAAUAAUUUGAACAAAGUAUUUAAAACAGUAAACUGAUAUAGUUUUUGUUAAUAGUCGGUAUAUAGUUACAACAGUGUAUUUCUAUACAAAAGAAGUGUACUUCAUUUGUUAACGUGCCAUUUAAUCAAUUUUAUAGAAAUAAUCAAAAGGAUUGCUUAAAUAAAGUUCGCUCUUAUUUAGAAAUACCAAAUCAGUUUAUCGCACUUUAAACUAUGUUUUAUGUCGAAUUAUAAAUUAUGUAAAAUCAGUUUAGAAGUGUAAAACUCAUUUAGUUUCAAUGAAUAGGAGGUAUUUCUAAACAGUUAUUUUUGCGAUAAAAUUUAGUAAUACAUAUAUAUUUUGUUGUCUUAGUUACAUUUCAUUCCUGUAUUAUAUAUUAUCCGUUAAGCUUCUGUUAAGUUUAAAGAUAUUUUAUGAUGACACAUGUGGCAGAUAUAAUAUUAACAAUAAUUUGCAAUAGCGCCAUCUAUCGAUUCGAAUUUUAAUUAAGAUUUAUUAACGUUCAGGCUAAAGUGAAAUGUGUUAAAGCUGGCUGGUUUAUAUAUAUAUAUAGCCAAGAUAUAUAUCUAUUAUUUAAAAACCUAUAGAAACAUCAUAAUAAUAAUAUAAAAUAUAUAUCUGCCGUAUGGAUUAUUAUAUGAUGGAUUUAGUUUAGCAGGGCCUACGUUUUAAGUAGGCCUGUAAGUAUGAGAUUAAUUUUAUUUUUACUAACGAAAUGCACAUUACAUAAGGUCUCUAACGUAAGUAUAUAAAAAUAUAUUCUUUUUUAUUAUAAUUAAUGCUUCAUAUUCUUAAUUUAUGAUGAAAAAUCCCUGAAUACUGCAGUUAAUAUUAUUUUUACUAAAAUCUCAGUAUUAAGGCUCAUAAAUUUUAUGUAAAAAAUUCAACUACUUAAAUAAUUUAGCACACUCAUUUCAUAUAAAUAACUAGCACCAUCUUCGAAGCGCUCGAUAAACUCGUCAAAUAGGACGCCAGCGAUUUUAAACUUUUCCCUUGUUUAUUUUUACUUCUUUUAUAAAAACUAAAUCUAAUUAAAUUGUUUUAAUAUUAAAAUAAUAUAAUUGAUAAAAAAAUCAGCUAAAUCAGUGUAAUAAGGAUAUUAUAGAAAUCGCUGUCGCUUUUGUAAAAUUAUAUAAAUGUGAAUUUGUAUAUAAUUGAAAAUUACUAUGUGUAAUUAUUUAUUGUGCAUUUAUGAAGUCUUGUAUUUACUUAGGUUACGCUAAUUUAAUUGACGAUUUUUACGCAAGAUUCAACUUGAUAUAAA